AUGGUAGAUUCAGAAAGCAUUGAUAUCAAUCAACAACACAAGGAGCAGGUCAUGGUGGAGGUUAACAGUGAAUUCAUCGUAGAGAUACGAUCAGAUUGUGAAGCUAACCAGAAGAUUACAUAUCGUAUCUCUGGGGCAGGGAUUGACCGACCACCUUUUGGAGUCUUUACUAUCAAUCCCAGAACUGGAGAAAUUAAUAUAACAUCAGUUGUUGAUCGAGAAAUGACCCCAAUGUUCUUGAUUUAUUGCCGUGCCCUGAAUUCCCGAGGUGAAGAUUUAGAAAGACCACUUGAGCUUAGAGUUAAAGUUAUGGAUGUAAAUGAUAAUCCUCCAGUAUUCACACAAAAUGUAUAUACUGCCAAUAUUGAAGAACACUGUGCUACAAACACGUUGGUGAUGAAGUUAAGUGCUACUGAUGCAGAUGAAGAAAAUCAUUUGAAUUCUAAAAUUGCUUACAAGAUAAUAUCUCAGGAACCUGCAGGUUCACCACUUUUUAUUCUGAACAGAUAUACUGGAGAAAUCCGCACAAUGACAAAUUAUAUCGACAGAGAGGAACAUAGCACUUAUAAUCUCCUCGUGAAGGGCUCUGAUCGAGAUGGAGCUGCAGAUGGGCUGUCUUCAGAGUGUGAAUGUAGAAUCAAAAUUAUAGAUGUCAAUGAUAAUUUCCCAACCCUAGAAGAAACUUCAUAUUCAGCAAGUAUUGAAGAAAAUUGUUUAAGUUCAGAAUUAAUACGAUUUCAAGCAAUUGAUCGUGAUGAAGAAAACACAGACAAUUGGUUGGCAGACUUUUUCUUUGUCUCUGGAAAUGAUGAAAAUCAGUUUGAAAUACAUACGGACCCAAGAACUAAUGAAGGAGUCUUGAAAGUUCGUAAGAUGCUGGAUUAUGAACAGAUGCCCAUUAUAAAACUCAGUAUUGGUGUUAAAAACAAAGCUGAAUUUCAUCCUUCUGUGGCCUCUCACUACCGGAUCAAGGCAACUCCUGUUAGGAUACAAGUUAUUAAUGUCAGAGAAGGAUCAAUAUUUAAUCCUAACUCCAAGACUUUCAAAGUACAAGAAGGCUUAAGAGGAGAAGCCUUACUAAAUUAUGUCCUUGGAAAAUAUACAGCCACUGACCUGGAUACUGGGACUGCAUCCACAAAUGUCAGAUAUAUCAUGGGACAUGAUCCAGCCAGUUGGUUAAAGGUUGACUCAAGGACAGGAGAAAUACAAUUUUCCAGGGACUUUGAUCCAAAAUCAAAGUAUAUUAUUGAUGGGAUAUACACAGCUGAAAUGCUGGCUGUUGAAGAUGCCAUUGGGAAAACUGCAACAGGGACAAUAUGUGUCGAAGUUCCUGAUUUCGACGAUUUCUGCCCCAUCAUUUUUUCUGACAGUAGACACAUCUGCUUAACCUCCCCGUCGGUCAUGAUCUCAACCAGGGAAAAUUCCUUCGGCUCACCCUUUACAUUUUGUAUUGCGGAUCAGCCUCCCGGGACAGCUGAUGUAUGGGAUAUUAGAUCAAAAAAUGGUGAGCAUAAUGCAAGCUUGAUUAUGAUGCUAGACCCUGGAAUUUACAGAUUUUUUUUUGUUAACUAUCCAUCAUCCCUUUCUCUGCCAGUAAUGCCACUCCUGUUGCUCCUGUGCUGCUGCAAACGAAAGGCACCAGCAGGCUUGGGAACUCGCUUUGCUCCUGUGCCUGAGGGGGGUGAAGGAGUGAUGCAGUCAUGGGGCAUAGAAGGAGCCCAUCCUGAAGACAGAGAUGUCUCCAAUAUUUGUGUACCAAUAACAGCUUCCAACACACAGGAUCGCAUAGACUCCUCUGAAAUCUAUACUAAUACAUAUGCUGGCGGAGGCACCGUUGAAGGAGGCGCUUCUGGAGUGUCUGGAGUUGAGCUGAAUACUGGAGUUGGAGCAGCGCUGUGUCUUGGGGCUGGAGGGCUUGCAGGAGCAGUGAAAAGACGGGGUUCCACCAUAGGAACUCUGAGAGAAUAUGCAGAAACAGGCGUGAAUAUGGCUUUCUUGGACAGCUACUUCUCUGAGAAAGCCUAUGCUUAUGCAGAUGAAGAUGAAUGUCGACCCGCAAAUGACUGCCUUCUUAUCUACGACCAUGAAGGAAUGGGGUCCCCUGUGGGUUCCAUCGGCUGCUGCAGCUGGAUCGUCGAUGACCUGGAUGACAGCUACUUGGAAACGUUGGGGCCAAAGUUUAGGACUCUAGCUGAAAUCUGCUUAGACACGGAAAUUGAACCUUUUCCAUCUCCUCACCAGGCCUGGAUACCAAUCACUACUGAUCUUCCCCUCCUUGGAACAAAUUACAUCGUUAAUGAAUCUUCGGCAAUGUCUCUCACCGAGGCUGGCUUCCAGGCAGAAAUGGCAAUGCCUGAGCCCAUGAUUCACGGGGACAUUAUAGUGACCGAGUCAUAUAGUACUUCUGACCAAUGUGUCCAACCCACUACCAUUAUUUUUGAACCUCAAUUGGUUCCCAAUGUCUUGGUUACAGAAACAGUGAUGGCUCCUGCCUAUGCCGUCCAAGGAAACAUAUGUGUGCCCGCCGAGUUAGCCAACACACAUAAUGUGAUCUAUGCUGAAAGAGUAGUGCCGAGCCCAGGGAUGACCGCCAUGAGUAACAGCAGUAUGACUGGUGGUUGCAUGGCUCCUGGGAUGAGUGGCAGUGGGAUGGUAGGCCCCGAAAUUCAAAUGGCCCAAAUGGUAAGUCCAGACGUUCACGUCUGCCAGACCAUGGGGUCCCCGAUGACAUCCCGACGUAGAGUAACCCAGCACAGUACUGUCCAGUACUUCCAGCAAUAA